CAUAAGAUAUAUAAACCAAGAAGACAAGGGCUUACUUAUUUGGCUUACCAAAAGGAUGUAUUGUCGAAGGAUGUGGGAGUUGAGCAACGCUCUCUACUCAGGUAAUGACAACCAAUAGGAACGCAAGGGUGUGCUCAAACACGCUCACUUGUGGAAGAGGCAGUACCAACACAGAACACCUUCUGAUUUUGAUGAAGCGCGGACUGCAAUUGUAUUUAUUGGGAAAUAGCAGCGUCGCGAACAGGAAUCCGGAAUCAAAUCGUCGGCUCGCAGAAGAGGAGGCAGGUGACCGUCUACGCAGGCAGAUCCACCUCCGCUUGGCAGUCUGAACGCAAGACACAUCGUUAGAAAACGACUGUUGUUUAUUAGUCCUUUAUUGUCGUAAUAUAUGUUAUAUAUUUAACUACAUGACUUUUAAUUUAAUUGUUUAGCUAGUCAGUUCUCCCUCCGAGAUGGAUAACGCGCACACUAAAUCCUCAUCUGAAGUUUUUGAAAACUUUAGUGUGAAUGAAAACACUGGACUCACCCUUGAACAAGUGAAAUCCAAUUUAGAAAAAUAUGGACCUAACGAGCUCCCGGCUGAAGAAGGCAAGUCCCUAUGGGAGCUGGUGGUGGAGCAGUUUGAGGACCUCCUGGUCAGGAUCCUAUUGCUAGCUGCCUGCGUCUCCUUUGUGCUGGCUCUGUUUGAGGAGGGAGAGGAGACCAUCACAGCCUUCGUAGAACCCAUCGUCAUCCUGCUCAUCCUCAUCGCUAAUGCUGUGAUUGGAGUCUGGCAGGAGAGGAAUGCAGAGAACGCCAUCGAGGCUCUCAAGGAGUACGAGCCAGAGAUAGCCAAGGUGUACCGCAUGAACCGCAAGGCAGUCCAGAGGGUCAAGGCCCGGGAAAUAGUGCCUGGGGAUGUUGUAGAGAUUGCCGUUGGUGACAAGGUCCCUGCUGACAUCAGGAUCACCUCCAUCAAGUCUACCACCCUUAGAGUGGACCAGUCUAUUCUCACAGGCGAGUCUGUGUCUGUUAUCAAACACACCGACCCCGUCCCUGACCCCAGAGCUGUCAAUCAAGACAAGAAGAAUAUGCUGUUUUCUGGCACUAACAUUGCUGCGGGGAGAGCCAUCGGCAUCGUGGUCUCCACCGGCGUGUCCACGGAGAUCGGUAAAAUCCGGAACCAGAUGGCUGCCACGGAGCAGGAGAAGACUCCUCUGCAGCAGAAACUGGAUGAGUUUGGAGAGCAGCUCUCCAAGGUCAUCUCCCUGAUCUGUGUGGCCGUCUGGGUCAUUAACAUCGGGCAUUUUGGGGACCCGGUUCAUGGGGGUUCCUGGAUGCGGGGGGCAAUCUACUACUUUAAGAUCGCUGUGGCCCUGGCUGUGGCCGCCAUCCCUGAGGGCCUACCCGCUGUUAUCACCACCUGCCUGGCGCUGGGGACCCGACGCAUGGCCAAAAAGAACGCCAUCGUCCGCAGCCUGCCCUCUGUGGAGACCCUGGGCUGCACCUCUGUCAUCUGCUCUGACAAGACUGGCACCCUCACCACUAACCAGAUGUCUGUCUGCAGGAUGUUUGUGGUGGACAAGGUGGAGGAUUCCAGCUGUGCUGUCCAUGAGUUCUCUAUAACUGGCUCCACCUAUGCCCCUGAAGGGCAAGUGUUGAAAGGGGACAAGGUGGUCCAGUGCGCAGACUAUGAUGGACUACUGGAGCUGGCCACUGUGUGUUCCAUGUGCAACGACUCCUCACUGGACUACAAUGAGGUCAAAGGAGUGUAUGAGAAGGUGGGUGAGGCGACAGAGACUGCCCUCACUACCCUGGUGGAGAAGAUGAAUGUGUUCAAGACUGACAUGUCAGGCCUCAGCAAGGUGGAGCGCGCCGGAGCGUGCAACGCAGUCAUCAGGCAGCUGAUGAAGAAAGAGUUUACUCUGGAGUUCUCUCGCGACCGCAAGUCCAUGUCUGUGUACUGUACCCCCACUAGCAAACCAGGCUCUGGGAGCAAGAUGUUCAUCAAGGGUGCCCCAGAGAGUGUGAUGGAGCGUUGCCAGUACCUGCGUGUUGGCACAGGGAAGGUGGCGCUGACCAUGCCCCUGAGAGAGCAGCUGACCUCCCUGAUCAGGGACUGGGGCACCGGCAGGGACACACUGAGAUGCCUGGGCAUGGCCACACGGGAUUUACCACCAAAACGGGAAGACAUGGAUCUGGAGAACGCCACUAAGUUCGCUGAGUAUGAGACGGGCCUAACAUUCGUUGGCUGCGUGGGCAUGCUGGACCCGCCCAGGAAGGAGGUGAUUGGCGCCAUCCAGCUCUGCGCCGAGGCGGGCAUCCGUGUCAUCAUGAUCACCGGGGACAACAAGGGCACGGCUGUGGCCAUCUGCCGACGCAUCGGUAUCUUCGGCGAGGAUGAGGAUGUGGUGGGCAAGGCCUAUACCGGCAGGGAGUUUGACGACCUACCCAUAGAGUCCCAGAGAGACGCUGUAAAGCGGGCACGGUGCUUUGCCCGUGUGGAGCCAGCCCACAAGUCUAAGAUCGUGGGCUACCUGCAGUCGUUUGACGAGAUCACUGCCAUGACUGGUGAUGGGGUGAACGAUGCGCCAGCCCUGAAGAAGGCAGAGAUUGGCAUUGCCAUGGGCUCGGGCACGGCUGUGGCUAAGUCAGCCUCUGAGAUGGUUCUGUCUGAUGAUAACUUCUCUACCAUAGUGGCGGCUGUGGAGGAGGGCAGGGCCAUCUACAACAACAUGAAACAGUUCAUACGAUACCUCAUCUCCUCAAACGUCGGCGAGGUCGUCUGCAUCUUCCUGACUGCCAUCUUGGGUCUGCCUGAGGCUCUGAUCCCGGUACAGUUGCUGUGGGUCAACUUGGUGACAGAUGGUCUCCCUGCGACUGCCCUGGGUUUCAACCCCCCAGACCUGGACAUCAUGGACAAACCACCCCGCAACCCCAAGGAGCCCCUCAUCUCUGGAUGGCUGUUCUUCAGAUAUCUGGCAAUUGGAGGGUAUGUUGGUCUGGGCACGGUGGGUGCUGCCACCUGGUGGUACCUGUUUGAUGAGGAAGGCCCUAAUGUGACCUUCUACCAGCUGAGACACUUUAUGCAGUGCUCGGAGGACAACCCCAUGUUCCAGGGUAUCAACUGUGAGGUGUUUGAGUCCCGCUACCCUACCACCAUGGCCCUCUCUGUGCUGGUCACCAUAGAGAUGUUCAACUCCCUCAACAGUCUGUCUGAGAACCAGUCCCUGAUCAGGAUGCCUCCCUGGGUGAACUUCUGGUUGCUGGGGGCCAUAGUCCUCUCCCUGUCCCUCCACUUCCUCAUCCUCUACGUCGAGCCCCUGCCUCUGAUCUUCCAAGUGACCCCUCUGUCCUGGUGCCAGUGGAUUGUGGUCCUAAAGAUCUCCAUCCCCGUCAUCCUAUUGGAUGAGGCCCUCAAGUACAUCUCCCGCAAUCACUUAGACGACAACGAGGACAAGAAGUACAGGAAGAGGCAGCUGAAAUAUUAAGACCCCCACACCACCCCACACACACCUUUUUAAAUAAAUGCCCCUCUCCUCUAUUCCCUCAUUCCCCCCAGUCCUGCAUGCUCAACCUCCACUAGAAAACGAGCAGGGCAUGCAUGAGACCGAGAGUACAUCUGUGCGAGUGUGUGCGCAUGUGUUUGUAUGCGAGCGUGCGAUGGUGUACAUGUGUGAGAGUGAAUGAACGAGUUGGUGUGUUUGUAUAUGUACCAACGAACGAAUGCAUGCCCAUGUUCACGUAGGUCCAGGAAAGCGUGACGACAAACUGCAAAACACAUCCAGGACUCCUGUUGCUUUUUAAAACUUUCAGCUCAUCGCUUUUGACUCUGUACAGUAACAUGCAAUAGGUGGACCGUGGGGGGAGAGAGGGAGAGGUUUUGGAGGAGAGGGGUCAAUCAGCUGGGGGAUUGUUGUGUGUCUGCGGGGAGAGGGAGCUGGUGCAGCAUAGAGAGCGAGGGGUAUACCCUGGCAGAGACUACAUAGUCUUGAUGGUACCAACAACAGACAAAGAGCCUGGCAUGCUAACUGGAGGUGAAGAUGCUAGUAACAGCUAGAGGAACCACAUUGCUUGGCCUAAGGUGCUGCCCAGUACCCAUGUGUCCAUCCCACCCCUUAGGAAACCCUCUCUGCCAAGGCUUCUGUCAUCCAGAUCCACAAUGUUGGGGAAGUUGUCUGGACCACUGUCUGGCUCAUGGUAGUGGCCAUCAGACCAUCGCAUCACAACUACAUGCGCCUCUGGCUACAGUAUACCACCACGUUCCUCUCCUUCCCUUUCUCUCCACAUGGACCUCUGUUUGCUGUAUAUUGAGCUGAUUUCUGCUCUUUAGCUUUCCUCUCUCCCAUCGACCUUUCUCUUCUUGCUCUCUCGCUCUUUCAUUCUCUGUUUAGGAAGCAGGUAGGCAGCGUUGGCCCUGGGUUCUGACUCAUCCGGGCUUGGGCGGUGCAGUGCAGUGUGGUGUGCGGAGGCGUGUGCCUCUCUGUCCUGAAUGUGUGAAUAGCUUUUUGCUGCUUUGCCGCUUUCUUUAGUUCUUACUGGGGAGCCGGAGUCAGUCCAGAGACAUGGCAACCAAGAUGAAAUGUGAAAUGAUGACUACACCCACUUUGCCCAGACUAUUCUGAUAAACCCAUCCAGCCUCACAAUCAACCUUCAGUGUUGCGCAUCCCUCGCCUCCACAAGAACUCUGUUCCUAAAUCACAACUGUAGUUGCGGAGUACUACUACCACAGAGUAGAUACACAAAAUAUACUUAUACUUUGGAAAGGAUGCUUAGGAGGGUGAGGAGGAGAAUUUGCAAGGCAGCUAAAUUGGCCAGACUUCAUCAGUCGGAAACCUUUGUCUCUCCCAGCACAUAUCAAUCAAAUCAAGACGUUAACACUCCCAACAUGCUGUAUGUCGACUUGGACCUAGUAGGGUCAAAUAAUGAAUGUAUUUUUGUGCCAGCCUAUUUCCCAUACCUUCCCACUCUACUCCCAGGCCACUCCCACGAACCCUGGUUUACCACGUGAACCCUCUCUAGCCCUUUUAGUUCUGUGCAGUAAGAUCAUUUCAUCCCUUGUUACUUAGUUUUCAUCUUAUUGAAUAAUAAUAAUAACACACCAUCACUAUCAAUAGUGCAUGUCCAGUUAGACAAGCUUAAUACAAGCUAUUUCCCCUUAUUGUUGUGCUGCUCCCUGGGCUCUCCACGCUACCGCCAGUGCUCUUUGCAUUACAGGUUAACUAUUGGCUAUUGUUUUUAACGAGUAAUAAUAAUGUAUUUGACUGAAUGAAUGAAUUUUGGAUUGUUGCUUUAGCUCUUGUUUUUGGGGUUUGCUGUGGAGCCAUUGUGCUCUGCGGGCUGGGGCCAGUGGAUUAGCUGGAGGGAAGCAGAAACACUAGGGCUCAAUCACAAAUUGACCUCUAAGCACAGAUCUGAGGGAUUGGAUUGAUAUAAGCAAUGUGGUGAAACUUCCACCUAGCCUAUCAGAGGGCAAGGUGGAGCUAUUACCAUAUUGCUUACACCUGUCAUCCAGUCAGAUCUCCACAAAUGUGUAGGGCAUAGGGGUCGAUUUUGGGAUUGGGUCUAGUAGUGUUAUGAGCUUGUUAAGCCUUCUGACACUUUCUAAGACUGCUUGGGUGAGAGCACCAAAGCAGUAUGACCAAAGUCCACUUUGAUUUUCAUCAAGGAACUGCAUAUACUGUAGUUGUGAUAUGCAAACAGUUGUGACUGGCACUUAAGGUAAACAUUGGACGACCAGCUAUCUCGAACCACUGACCUAACACCUUGACAGAAAGGAGAGAUCUUGGUCUUUCUAUUGCUCUUUAAUGAAUAUCUACCAUGGUACUCUUGUUAGCUAACCAGCACAACUUUUGAUUCGGAGAUUACUACCAGGCCAAUACAGUAGCUCCCUACCUGUUCUAUAGCCUAACAGUGGCAGAAGGCUUCAGGACCCCCGGUGUGCUUCCUAGCUGGUCCUCAGCCUCAGAUCAUGAUGGCGAUAUAGCAUGCUGGCACUCAGGCUGUCCAGCAGUGAUGUGGGUUUGUACAGUACCUUGUUAUUUACUACUGAAUCCUUGAACUCUGUAAAGGAAAAAAGAAAAAAGAUUGCAUGGAUACCUUGUUACUGUAAUUAAUAUUCUAUACAGUAUAUUAGACCUUUUGAUAACUUACAUGGCAUCAAUGAAACCUACUUAACAGCAAGAGAACCAACUGCGAUAAACCAUUACAUAUUUUCUUUGAGCACAUCUUGGCAUCUAAUGAUCUACAUUUUUUUUGUAGACUAGAAAAAGGUUGUUUAUUCAUCGUUACUGUUUGUUUUCACGGUUGCUGGGGUUUUGUGUCAUACUUUAGGGAAAGAAAUUACAAUGUGUAAAAUAAACAACAAGAAUCAUGGUUAUGAUGAGAGAAAUAAUUAUGAUAAUGAUGAAAUUUAUUUCACUAAUGGUAAUAUGGUUUUGAGAAUUAUUGUUGAGAAUUUCAAAAUGAAUUGUUUGGUUUAGACAGUGCGAUGAACAGUCAUGAAUCCUGGGUAAUGAAGUUGUGUGUACAUUGAAGGGCUUGGUGUGACUGCAGGCUCCAGAGACCGCAUGUUAGCCAUUUGGGUCAGACCAUUAGGAAGGUGGUCCUAACCGUGGUACGCUUGGAUAGCCUGGUCCCAGAUCUGUUUGUACCGUCUUGCCAAUUGACCACGGCCAUAGGAGUUGGCAAACCGCAGUCCCAGAUCUGUUUCUGUCAGGCUAAUGUUUGGCAUUGUGUGCUGUAGAAACAUAAGCACCCAUGUGUGUAUUAUCAGUGAGGUAGUCGCCAAUCUAGAGGUGGCUCCGCUCCUGUUGGACCUUCCUCCCUGUCAACCAAUGGUAAACAUUCACAGGUUGCUGGAGCCUGAAUCUCGCAACACAGAAAUAAAGGAUUCUCGUUAUUGCAUUGUUAAUAUUAAUUGUGGACACAAUUUUUUAUAUAUGACAAAGACAUGGAAAUAAAUAUUAUUUAUCUUGUUAUUUA